CGUCAGCAACCAGUCACCGCAGUAGCAGGUCACGUCUGUGCAUGGUGCUUACCCGCUCAAAGACAAGCGGCAUGGAUCAGCAGCCAGGCGAGACUACCGAGGCCUAUGAGGCCCGCAUGCUGGACAUGGUAGCAGAGUUCAAGCAACAGGCAGUUGUGGCAACAUCCGAUGUAAGAAGGAAGAUGAGGACGCAGAGGAACAGCGUCGCCUCGCUGAACAGCAGCGACAGGAGGACGCUGAGGCAGCAAGGAAGGCUGCAGACGAACGCCGUCGACUAUGCCGAGACAAAAUCCUCGAAUGCGAGGGGAACGCCUUCAACUUUUGAGACGCAAAAGGGUUACUUGGGUCUGCAUAUGAGGAUAAAUGCAGGAGGUGCAACAUUCAGCGGGGCAGUAGAGGGCAACAUUUCCUUUGUCGUGUGGUCCCUACCUGGGCCUGGAGAGACAGAGAAGAGAUGUUGUCCUGUCUCUGCAAGGCUCAAAGUCAAAGUGAUUCCGACCCCUCCUCGGGAAAAACGACUAUUGUGGGAUCAGUUCCAUAGUGUGCAAUAUCCUCCUGGGUACAUUCCCAGAGAUUCACUGGAUGUGCGUCACGAUAUUCUGGACUGGCAUGGGGAUCAUGUGCAUACAAACUACCACGAAAUGUUUGACAUGCUCUACGAUGAAGGUUAUUUCGUUGAAGUUCUUGGGUCGCCCUUCACAUGCUUUGAUGCAAACCUGCGCUCACAGGCGAGCUGGAAGGAGCAGGCAGCCAUAGACGAGCUGCGCUGCUGUGAGCUGGGUGUGGCGCAGGGUGGUCCUUGGGUGCAUGUGGCAUCUGUGUGUUGGGGAACGAGGUUUGACUGGUCAUCGCAAUCGCCAUCAGGUCAUAUGGUGAGAAUAUCUAUGGCUGGGGGCAGCUAUAUCGAGUCAGUGCAGCGGCCUGCACAGGGUCCACAGCCCGGAGUGAUGAAGGGACCGAGACAAAGUCAGUGGGUACCAAAGACGGCCAUCGUGGCUCCGAAACCCUUUACAGCGGAUAAGAGGGGUGAAGACCUCGACACUUGGUUGAGGGCAGUGCCGGUCUAUGUCAAGUGCAAACUUACCUUGCCGGACGAGGAAGUGCUUGUGGCUGCAUCCUACCUAGAGGGUAGUGCAGCAAGAUGGUUGAGUGGUUUAGUGCAGUUGCAGGGAUACGGUCAUGACUUCCGCGCUUGGGCAGCCCACCAGAAACUGGAUGACUUUCUCAAGAUGGUGGAAGAUAGGUGGCACGAUCCUCAGGGGUCCCAAAAGGCCACUGACGCGAUCCUGGCACUGCAAACGAGGCAGUUCAAGUCAGGAAGAGAGGCCACUGACGCUGUAGAGCGUCUAAUCUGUGUCCCCGGGGUGCGCUAUGACCCCCAGGUCUUACUCACCUCCUACUUGAGAUGCGUUCCCAUGCCUCUCAGGAAUCAGUUGGCAGGUGAGGCCAACAUCAAUAUGCACAACUUUCCCUCGUUCAGUAAGAAGGACAUAGACCUUGAGGCAAAGAUAUGGCAUGGACAUAAUCCCACGACGGAUGGUAGGAAGAAGACACUGCCUCUCAAUUGGAAGGCGAAGGGUCGCAUAAUGUUUGUCGAUAACGAUGGUUCAACCAUCGAGUUAGAUGACAACUUCCAGGAGGGAGUAGGUUCAGAGGCUGGCAACGUAAAGGCUUCAGGGGGUGUAGUAGUCGCUGCCGUAGCACAGAAAGACCUUCUCGUAGGCCUGCUCUGUGGACACAAAGCACCCUGUUCGACAGUACCAGAGGAUGCCUAUGAGGCUGCUCGACAGUACCAGAGGAUGCGGAGCCGCUUCUUCGACGCCCCAUCCUCUUCCACAGAGCAAGCCUACGAGGCUGCUCGACAGUACCAGAGGAUGCAGAGUUGCUUCUCCGACGCCCCAUCCUCUUUGCGACCCGCCAUUGCCACCCUGUCACGCGGCAUCACUCGAGGCCGUUCUUCUUUCAUUGGCCGCUUUCAACGCCCAUCUCAGCUUGGAGCACCAUUCUCUCGGCUCUACAGUUCCCUCGAGUACGGCGACGACUCUACGACAAAGAUCGACCCUUCCCUUGGGGAUGCCCCUGAGGACCUUGUACUUCGGGAUGUCAUCCAGUACCACUUGGAUGACGAGACUGUCCCGAUGGCCAACUGCUUGCAUAUGACAAUGUCCGCCAUGGGUCGUCUCGCAAUUGUCUUGCACAGACUGCCGCCCGCACAUUCGUUGUUCCUGAGGUAGACCUCCCGCAGGGUUUCGUCCCUCCUCGUGGAGCCGUAUCCCCCGAGGACCACACUGUCCUCGAGGCCUGUCGCGGUUGCCUUCAUUGCCGCCAGGAUGGACACACCUUACGACGUCCAUACCAUGCCACCCUCGAUCGACAGUAUGCUGACAUUUCUCGUCAACACGGAUCUCAGUCACCCCCCCGGCCUCGCCCGACGGGUUCCAUCUAGCUAGCCACGACACAGUGUACUGUUAAGGCCUCGCACUAAGCCGACUUCCCGACCAUCGGGUCGUGGUUUGCCCCUUUGGCUACCACACCAGAGGAUCCUCAGGACACAAUAGACGCAGUACCCUCUAGCCCGCCGUCUGUCAAGGUAUCGCCUGCCCCACAACAAACCACUACAUUUAGU